AUGUUAAAAUACGGUUUAACUAGGAACGGCAAAGUGACCUGGACCCGACCCCGGCCCGACCAGGAGCGUUUGGGGCAGAUUUGGCCCGCCCCGUUUAUAAAAGGGCCGGGGUGGGUUCGACAUGUUGGAAAAACGGGCCAGCUAAAAAAACUCAAUCCCUUAUCUCUCCCCGCCUCUCCUCUGCGUGUGUCUGCGAACUGCGGCCCAUCUCUUGUCUCCAUCUUCUCAAAUCCGGCCAAGCCCACCAGACACCGUCCGCCUCUCCUUCCUCUGACACCGUCGCACCGCCUCUCCCACCAUCACACCGUCUCGCCUCUCCUCCGUAACACCGUCCCGCCUUGCCGCCUUGACGUCCUGCCGACUACAGUGUCACUACCAGAUCUGUCCUACGAUUAUGGUGCCCUCGAGCCCGUCAUCAGCGCGGAGAUCAUGCAGCUUCACCACAAAAGGCACCACCAGGCUUACAUAACUAAUUACAACAAGGCUCUUGAGCAGCUCGACACUGCCAUUUCAAAGAAGGAUACUUUGACUGUUGUCAAGGUGCAGAGUGCCAUCAAAUUUAAUGGCGGAGGUCAUAUUAAUCACUCAAUUUUCUGGAACAAUCUUGCUCCCGUUCGUGAAGGUGGCGGUGAACCUCCCGAAGGCUCUUUAGGUUUGGCUGUGGAAAAUGCAUUUGGGUCAUUGGAGGGGCUUAUUCAGAAGAUGAAUGCAGAAGGUGCAGCUUUACAAGGCUCCGGAUGGGUGUGGCUUGCUUUUGACAAAGAACUGAAGCGCCUGUCGGUUGAGACCACCUCAAAUCAGGAUCCACUGGUUACUAAAGGAGCAAGUUUGGUUCCAUUGCUUGGUAUUGACGUGUGGGAACAUGCCUACUAUUUGCAGUACAAGAAUGCGAGACCAGACUACUUGAAGAAUAUAUGGAAUGUGAUGAACUGGAAAUAUGCGGCCAGUGUGCUCGGGUGCCGGAGGAUUGAAUGGCCAUGGCUCGGAGCUAGAUUGUUUGUGAUUCGUGUAAGCAUAAUUACACGGGACCUGUCAGGCUCCCUGAGCCUGUCUACUGUAUCUGGGCUUUCUUGUUGCUGUUCGGGCCUUGCUAGAGUGCUGCCUGGGACUGAUCGAGAUCAGCCCGGGACUAACCGGGAGCUGUUCGGGCUCUACCGAGCUGCGUGUUACCUCCAAAAAAUGUCGCAGUUUCAAAUAGGCCUUCGACGGGCGAAUACCCAAUUGAGAUUUGACAUGCAACUUUCAUCCGGCGCUUCUAUACAUACAGGUUUGUUUGAGCUGGAGAAUAAGCUUGAGGUGGGUUGGCAUAAAUAG